GUGUGCAGUGUUUUUCCUGUGCGGUUUUUGCGACGACAGUUUGGCCGCUGUCUUCUGUAUUCCGAUUCCGAUUUGCGACUGUGCUUGUGUGCCCCUGACUGACAUAAUCGCCCAGUCUGUAUUAUAUUCUUCGACGCCGGGUGGUGUAGUGCAGGCAGAAGUAGCAGGACAGAAUAAGGUGGAGGAACAGCUCGUAGCGCACAACACAUCUAACCCUCACGGCAGUUCGCUUCCUGCAAACGUUCCAGGCAGCAGCACUAAUCAACAUACCAGCAGAUCCCGCGUCAUCGUCGGCAAGCAGGGAGAUUGAAUUGAAUUCAAUUAAGAGGAGAUUCUUCGAGUAGAACAGGAGGGUUCGGAAAAGGAAUACUAUACUGUGAUAUAUAGUGUGGAACAAAAGACCGGAUUAGGCGAAAAAAGAUGAGCUCUUUGGCAUUGCGAUUUGCGCCGCGGUUCGGCAAAACCACUGCUGCGGCCGUGGCCAACUCGUCCCAGAAGGUCAACAGCUACUAUACCUACUCGAACCAGAUCUCGCAACCGCUGGAACGGAAACCGACCUACACCACGGCCGAGGAAGCGGUCAAAGUGAUCAAAUCAGGUGAUGUCGUCUUCGCCCAGGGAGCAGCCGCCACUCCGAUCCACCUGCUGGAUGCUAUGACCAAGCAUGCCAAGGAGAACAACCUCCGAGAUAUCACGGUGGUCCAUAUGCAUACCGAAGGUCCCGCUUCGUACUGUGCUCCCGAGUACAAGGACAUCUUCCGCUCCAAGUCUCUCUUCAUGGGUGGCAACGUGCGUGCGGCCGUUGCCGAUGGCCGCGGUGACGCCGUACCAAUCUUUCUGCACGAAAUCCCCAUUCUGUUCCGGCGAAAGCUGAUCCAACCGGACGUAGCUUUUGUCUCGGUUUCUCCACCGGACCACCAUGGAUACGCCACGCUGGGAACUAGCGUCGAUUGCGUGCGUGCUGCCCUGGAAAAUUCCAAAGUCAUCGUUGCCCAGGUCAACAAACAGAUGCCUCGUACAUUUGGAGAUUCCAUCAUUCACGAAUCGCACUUCGAUGCGGCCGUGAAUGUGGACAUCCCCCUGCCAGAGCACGGUGGUAAGGGAAUGAGCGAGACGGAAACCAAGAUUGGUAAGCUGAUCGCCGAAAACCUGGUCGAAGAUGGUGCCACUCUGCAGAUGGGCAUCGGCAACAUUCCGGACGCCGUGCUGAAUGCGCUGCACAACCACAAAGACCUCGGCAUCCACUCGGAGAUGUUCGCCGGCGGUAUUGUGGAUCUAGUCAAGAAGGGCUGUGUCACCAAUGAUAAGAAAGCGUACCAUCGGGGUCGCAUCGUCGGAUCAUUCCUGAUCGGUACCAAGAAGCUGUACGACUUUGUUGAUAACAAUCCAUUUAUCGAAAUGCUCGAAAUCAACUACGUCAACAACGUUGGCAUCAUCGCCCGUAACCCGAAGAUGACUGCCAUCAACUCUGCCAUCGAGGUGGAUCUGACUGGUCAGGUUUGCGCCGACUCCAUCGGAACCCGCAUGUACUCCGGUUUCGGCGGUCAGGUCGAUUUCAUCCGUGGUGCCGCGGAAGGUUUCGACGGCAAGGGUAAACCAAUUAUUGCGCUGCCCUCGAUAACCAACAAGGGACAAAGCAAGAUUGUGCCAACGCUCAAGCUAGGCGCCGGUGUCGUAACGUCACGUGCCCACGUGCACUACGUUGUCACCGAGUACGGUAUCGCCAAUCUAUUUGGUAAAACGCUGCGUCAGCGUGCCUACGAGCUGAUCCAGAUUUCCCAUCCGGAUCACCGCGAAGCGCUCGAGAAGGCUGCAUUUGAACGGCUGAAGACUAUGCCGUCUCCUAACUAAGCAUACACACAAGCCCGCUAAAGUCGAUCGAAAUGAUCAUUCUCUCCCCUCCUGCUUUUUUUUAAGUUACAUGUUUCGUUAAACGUAGUUUUACCGGAAAACGACAUCAUUUUAAAAAUCUUUUCUCCUGUUUGGCAUACUUUCCGGCAAACCAAACCGAGGUUGUUAUUUUUUUUUAAUUUGGCCAAACCCAAAUAGUUCAAAUGCAUGUUUCUGUUUUUUAUAUAGAUGAAUAAUAUCGUACUAAUGCCUAACGCGUUGAUAGCUAAAAUUUAGCCAAGCCCGGUAGUUGAGUAGGAACAGAAAAAAAGGUGUUUGUUAGACCAGCCAGUUCUGGCGAGAUCGAUUCAUACAAUAAUGAAGGUUACAAAGUUUCAACACAAAUCAGAACACAUAAUUCAACCAUCUAUCUCCAAAACGUGCAUUGCAUAACUAUAAGAAUCGAAAAGUACACACGUACAUCGUAAGCAUAACCCGUACAGAAAAUCAAAACCCUAGGAGCAGCACCUGGUUACUGCCACCGUAUGGUUUUUGGGAAAAGUAAAACUAAGUGAUUAAUAAAAAAAAGCUACUAUGAGUACAUUGUGAUUAUGCUGAA